CAGUUUCCCGCUCAUAGCUUCAUCUUCCUCCCAUUUACCCUUUUUCUUUCUCUUCAAACUUCUCUUUCUCUCUCUCUCUCUAAUCCCAAUUCUUCUUCUGCUAGGGUUUCACUUCGCCAUGCCUGAUAUGGCAAAUCUCUCUAUCUCGGCGGUACUCAGCUCCACCGUCAUCAAACCCAACCCCACUGAUGAUGCUGCCAACCCUGAUUCAGCUGCUGCUGCUGUUGAAGAACCACUACCUAAUGGUGGAUUUGGUUCCGAUAAUGGCGCCGAUAACGGUACCCAUGCUCGGAUUUUGAAGAGGAGUCGAAGUUCUCUUCAGAAGACAGACAAUGCUAAGAGUUUGUUGGAUUGUCUUACAGAUCCUCAAUCUCUUCCAUUUCUCGUUGGUGCUCCCAAGAUGGUUGAAUGCCUUUUGUGCCACCAUUCUGUGUCUCCUGAGGAGGAGUUGCUGUGUUCUGUUCAUGGGUGUGGCUCACGCUAUCAUAAGGAAUGUGCAAAAGAAGCCGGCGGGGUUUUACAUCUGAAAAAGUUCAAGUGUCCACAACAUGCGUGCUUCAUUUGCAAGCAAAAGCUGCAUUUGCGGUGUGUGCGUUGCCCGGCGGCUUUCCAUAUUAAAUGUGCACCAUGGCCAGAAGCUGUGAUCCCUCUGAAAGAUCAUCCCGGGAAAGCUAUUUGUUGGAGACAUCCUUCUGAUUGGCGCCUGGAUAAAAAGGAGAAACCUGAUACUCCAAAGCAACCUGAUACUCCAUUGACCGACAUUUCGGAAAUAUUUUGUCGUUUGCCUCUUCCUUUUAUUAACGAGGAAUUCAAGAUCGACUUCACUUGGAAAGACAUGGACAAUAAGAUAGAGCCACCACCAUAUACACACAUAAGGCGCAAUAUAUAUCUAGUAAAGAAAAAGCGCAGUGAUGCAGAUGACGAUGCUGGGUGCACAAACUGCAGUUCUGGGUGCUCUGAUGAUUGCGUAUGCAGGGUUCAAUGCAUAAGCUGCUCAAAGGCUUGUCGAUGCUCUGAAAAUUGUAAAAAUCGGCCAUUUCGCAAGGAGAAAAAGAUCAGCGUUGUCAAGACUUUGUUUUGUGGAUGGGGAGUUGAGGCUUCUGAAACAAUUGAGAAAGGAGAGUUCAUAAUUGAGUAUGUUGGGGAAGUCAUUGAUGAUGCUGAAUGUGAACAAAGGCUUUGGGACAUGAAAUAUAAGGGCGUAGAGAAUUUUUACAUGUGUGAGAUUCGUAAAGACUUCACAAUAGAUGCAACUUUCAAAGGAAAUUCUUCACGCUUUUUAAACCAUAGCUGUGCUCCCAAUUGUGUUUUGGAGAAGUGGCAAGUAGAUGGUGAAACGCGUGUUGGUGUAUUUGCUGCUCGUUCAAUAGAAGUUGGGGAGCCGUUAACAUAUGAUUACAGAUUUGUGCAAUUUGGUCCAGAGGUGAAGUGCCGCUGCGGAGCACAGAAAUGUCAAGGAUUUCUAGGUUCAAAAAAGAAAAUUAGCAAAGUAGUAAAACUCUGUUGUUGGGGUGCAAAACGUAAGAGAACUUUAUGCACUAAACCUGCUGAUUUAGCAAAAUAUUGUAUGUAAUGUAGUAGUUAUCACAGUUAUAUUAUAUGUAGGCUAAAGUGAAAAGCAAUAAUCUUUAUUUAUAGAAUAACAAUACCUCACAUUCUUUGUACUGGAAAAUAGGUGAGAAUUUCUUCAUUAAAGAUUGUGACAACAUUGUCUGUCACACAGAAUUUUAUCAUUGUCAUACAUGACACCAAAACUUGUAAAUUGAUAUUGCUGAAUUAAGGCAUAUAUUACAGUAUUGAAUAAAUGACAAAUAUCAGAUUUUUUCUUUCA